AUGAAAUCCAUCACUCUCCCCAUCCUCCUCACCCUCACCGGCCUAGCCGCCGCCCGCACCGAUCUCGAUGGCUGCACCAAAUCCGCCACCGUCAACCAAUGGGGCGAAGCCAGUAUGAUCUGGUACGUGCCCGACACCGGCGAGAUCUGCGAUUUCCCAGACUGCGGCGGCGGUCGCGCUCCCCCCAAGCACAACCAGCCCGGAUGUGCGGCCUACACCGGUACCGAGACCCUGACUCCGAGUUACCUCCCUGGCUGGGGUCCUAACGGCAAGGUUGCACCGUCAACGUCGGCUGUCUCGGCCUCGGCAACGGAUGCUGAGUCCUCGGCCACUUCUACUGGGGCCGCUACUUCCGGUACUAAGACCGGCAGUACUUUGAUUACUGCUGCACCUACCUUGUCUACUGGGGUUUCGUCUUCGGCCGCUGGCUCUUCUUCUUCUGCUGCUGCUGCUGGUUCUUCUUCUCGUGCGGUGGAGCAGAGUGGUUCGUCGUCGAGCUCUGCCUCGUCCGGUUCGAGUGGCUCGUCGAAUACGACCUCGUCGGCGGGUGUUAAACCCACUGAUAAUGCGGCGAAUGUACUGGGUUUGAAUGGUGCGAGUGUUCUGGCUUUGAUGGGGGGGUUGGUGGGUAUCUUGGCCUUGUAG